AUGACGACUACGACAACCGUCAGGCACAAGCUUCAUGAAGCCACAGACAAGACAAUAAGCAAGGCACAAGCAACUGUCGAGUUCGCAAAGCAAGCCGAACGCCUUGGCCAGUAUGCGCCAGAUCAAGAGAAUGAAGCCACCGGCUCGACGCAAGUUGUCGAGGCGCGAUUUGUUACUGCGCAAGAUCCCGUGAUCCAGACGGCAGAUGGCAGCCGAUUACCGUCAGUGCCUAUCAAGGAAGCUACAAAGCUCAACAGACUCAAGUAUAUUCUCGAGGGCCACGACCCGUCAGAAAGUGAACCCGCAUCAGGCGAAUUACGCGAAUCCAGAGAUGGAACCAUUCAUGGAGUACGACCCAACAAGGAUGACGAAGAAAAUCAAAAACAGCGGACUGAUGCCCCGCUUGGUGAGUCGAAAGCGCCAACAAACACAAGCCCAUUGUUCCCGCCCGUACCUGCAAGGAGGGCCGCUGAAAUUGCAUGGAAAAAGUACCACACCGGGGAGUCAGAGAAGCUCGCAGGAACUAAAGAAGAAAGUGGAGAGGGGGAUGAAUUUGUGCCCUUGGAAGGUGGUCCUGAUGAGCUCAAGUGCGACAUUCGCUACUACGCGCGCCGAGUAGGGCUUGAUUGUGAGAUCUUCGAAGUGCAGACUGAGGAUGGCUUUAUGAUCGAUCUAUGGCAUCUCUACAACCCCCGCGACUACGACCGAACGCAUGAAUCCGAUAGAGUACAUCAUGCACCUGACGUUUUCGGGAGAACGACGUCUUGCACCGGUGUGCCCGGAUCGCGAUACCCGGUAGGACGGAAAAAGUAUCCCGUUCUCAUGAUUCACGGUCUACUGCAAUCAGCCGGUGCGUACUGCACAAAUGACGACGACAGCCUUGCGUUCUAUCUCGCCAAGAGUGGUUACGACGUCUGGCUGGGCAACAAUCGCUGCGGGUUUAACCCACGACACAAGUUGCUCGACUAUAGCGACCCAAGGAUGUGGUCUUGGAACAUCCGUCAGAUGGGUGUCAUGGAUCUGCCAGCGCUAGUCUCGCGAGUGCUCUCCGAGACUGGCUUCGAGAAGCUCGGCCUCAUUGCACACAGCCAGGGCACCACUCAAAGUCUUGUGGCUAUGGCCAAAGAGCAGCGCCCAGAAAUUGGCGAUAAGAUCUCCGUAUUUUGCGCGCUUGCGCCAGCAGCUUACGCAGGUCCGCUGAUCCAAAAAGCCUACUUCAAGUUCAUGCAGGUCAUUUCGCCGGCCAUGUUUCGAGUGGUCUUCGGCAUUCAUGCGUUCAUUCCCUUCAUGAUGACUAUGCACGCUUUGCUUCCGGGAAAAAUCUAUGGCGCAAUGGGGUACCGCGUAUUUUCCUUUCUCUUCAACUGGACUGAUGAACGCUGGGAUCGGGACCUCCGAAACCGCCUCUUCCAAUUCUCACCUGUCUAUGUCAGCGCAGAGAGUAUGAGAUGGUGGCUGGGACGCGAGUGUUUCGCGAAACACAAAUGCAUCUUGUCGACACGCGAAGAGAAGACGAUUGAGGAAAGGGAGGACGAAGAGGAGGAUAGAUCACAAUCUCGCUCAAGAGACGACUCUGAAGAACAAUCAGACAACGCACGGCCGGGUGAUAAUGCACUCGAUGAGCAGAAACGCAGCUCAUAUAGACGCGACAGCAGACGCGCUCGCUUCGCUUGGUAUGGCCCGCACACGCCGCCAUUCGCUCUUUGGGUCUGUGGCGCAGAUGAUCUUGUGGACGGUCGCCGCCUCCUGCGCCGUUUCGAACGUAAUCGCGAACCUUUUGUCGACAUUGUCCAUUCCAAGAUCAUUGAGGGAUACGAGCAUCUGGAUGUGAUCUGGGCUUUGGAUGCCAUCGAGAAGGUUGGCACAGAAGUCAGGGACGUGCUCUGGAAGACAGCGCCUGAAGAGGCCAGGAACGUCUGCCGUAUCCCUCGAGGUUGCGAGGACAUCGAGGACUUCUACCAACGCAGCGACAAUUUGAGGGAAGAUGCGACGAGACAGGUCGACGUGACGGCGGGAGAGUGGAGCGAGAAGGGCGCUGAGCAGAUCAGAGGCUCAGAGCAGAUUUGCGGUAGAGAUGGGAAGGGCUACGAAGCCUGCGAGGCCGAGAAAGAGUCGGCUUUGUAA